CUCAGGCAGAGUGGUGUUUUUGUUGUUGGUGAAAGGUGAGGGGAACAGCUGAUCCUCUGGUGGGGACAGAGAUAUCUGAGAAGGCAUCAUGGAGGAGUCAUUGCUAAGCCGCACUCCACCCAGGGGUGGGGUCACUUUUCUGAAUGUGGCCAGGACCUAUAUUCCCAACACCAAGGUGGAAUGUCACUACACCCUCCCCCCAGGCACUGUGGCCAAUGCCAGUGACUGGAUUGGCAUCUUCAAGACAGAGGCCUCCUCAGUCCGAGACUAUCACACCUUUGUCUGGUGUGUGGUGCCUGAAGGAGCAACGGAGGGCUCCGCUGUCCACUCCAGUGUCCAGUUCCAAGCCAGCUACCUGCCCAAGCCAGGUGCCCAGUUCUACCAGUUCCGCUACGUCAACCGCCAAGGCCGAGUGUGUGGCCAGAGCUCCUCUUUCCAGUUCCGGGAACCCAGGCCCAUGGAUGAGCUGGUGAUGCUGGAGGAACCCGAGAGUGGUUCUGACAUCCUGCUCGUCGUCCCCAAGGCGACCGUGCUGCAGAACCAGCUAGAAGAAAGCCAGCAGGAACGGAACGACCUGAUGAGGCUGAAGCUGCAGCUGGAGGGGGAGGUUAGCGAGCUCAAGAGCAGGGUCCAGGAGCUGGAGGCCACCCUCCGGGUCACCAAGGAGGAGCAGGCCAAGCUGAUGGAGCAGUACAAGGGACUAUCUCGUGCUCACGGGGAGCUUAAAGAAGAGCGGGAUGUCCUGAGCAGACAACAAGGAGACCAUGUUGCCCGGAUCCUCGAGCUGGAGGACGACAUCCAUACCAUCAGUGACAAGGUGCUGGAGAAGGAGGUGGAGCUGGACAGGGUCAAGGACACUGUGAAGGCCUUGACUCGAGAGCAGGAGCAGCUUCUGGGGCAGCUGAAAGAAGAGCAAGAGGACAAGGAGCAGAGCCAGGCCGAGCUACAGGCCUCACGACGGGAAUGCUGUCGCCUGAGUACGGAGCUCCAGAAAGCCAAAAGCCACCAGGGCCAGCAGGCCUCCCAGCUCCAGAGACUGCAGGACGAGGUGACCCGGAUCCAGGCUUUACUGGACGAGGCUCAGCGGCGGAUCGCUGAGCUGGAACCUCUGAAAGAGCAGCUUCGGGGGACCCAGGAGCUCGCCGUCUCGAGCCAGCAGAAGGCCGCCCUGCUUGGGGAGGAGCUGGCCAGCGCAGCCAGCACCAGAGACCGGACUGUGGCCGAGCUCCACCGGAGUCGGCUCGAGGUGGCCAACACCAACAACAGGCUGGUGGAGCUCAGUCUGCACUGGAGGGAGGACAAGAGCUCGUGGAGCAAGGAGCGUGCGGGGCUCCUGCAGAGCAUGGAGGCAGAGAAGGACAAGAUCCUGAAGCUGAGCGCCGAGGUCCUGAGGCUGGAGAAGGCGGUGCAGGAGGAGAGGAUCCAGAGCCAGGGGCUCAAGGCUGACCUGGCUCGGGAGAAGGACUCCAGUCUGGUGCAGCUGUCAGAGAGCAAGAGGGAGCUGACAGAGCUCCGGGCAGCCCUCCGAGUGUUCCAGAAGGAAAAGCAGCAGCUGCAGGAGGAGAAGCAGGAACUGCUGGAGUACAUGAGGAAGCUGGAGGCCCGCCUGGAGAAAGUGGCCGAUGAGAAGUGGAGCGAAGACGCUGCCACUGAGGAUGAAGAGGCCACCCCCGGCUGUCCUGCGGCCAUCCUGACAGACUCAGAGGACGAGUCCCCGGAAGACAUGAGGCUUCCCUCCUAUGGCCCCUGUGAGCAUGGGGGCCCCGGCUCCGACCCCUCUGGACCCCGGGAUGCCUCUGCCCGUGUGGUCAUCAGCCAGCCGUGCCCCAUCGCUCCUCAUCUGACGGGGCCCCCCGAUGACAGCAGCUCAGACUCGGAGGCCGAGGAUGAGAAGGCGGUGCUGAUGGCGGCCGUGCAGAAUGGAGGGGAGGAGGCCAGCCUGCUGCUUCCUGAACUGGGCAGCACCUUCUAUGAUGUGGCCAGCACCAUCUUCCGCGGAGCCCAAACCGCCCUGCACCCCCUCUCUCCUGCCCUCCCCCCCCCCCUCGCCGGCAGUGGCUUUGUUGGGGGCCCCCUCUCCGAGGCUGGCCCAGGGGGCCCUGCCGCCCCCGCCUGGAAGGAGUGUCCCAUCUGUAAGGAACAGUUUCCCGAGAACGACAAGGACGCCCUGGAGGAGCACGUGGAUGGACACUUCUUCUUCAGCACCCAGGACCCUUUCACGUUCGAGUGACGCACACGCACACACGCACGCACAUUUGUGGCAGGCGAGAAGGCCCCCACAGGGGCUGGGGUGGCACCUCCUGCCCCACACGACAAAGCCCCGUCCCCGGCGGCCUGAGAGAAGAACGGGGGAAGGGGCUCCGGGAAAGGGCCUGCAGAGAGGAGACGAUCCUCUCCCAGCACCCCCCAUCAGCACCCCGGCUUUUGCCCCGUCAGUGCCCCAGAGUCGGCUCCCGCUCCUCCCCUCAAGGUUUCUACCUGUUCAGCCGAGUUCUUCUGUCUGGGUUUGCAUGGAAGCCAGCAGGCCUCAUGACUCCUUCAGGACCCUCCAGCCCCAGGUUUCUUCUCUUUCCGCCCCCUCGUUGCCCUUCCCCAAUUAGACGUUGAGUUUUGUGGUUUCUUUCGGGGUAAAGAGGCCCCCCCCCCACCCCUCAUCCCUUUCCUGGCAGGACCCUCCUACCCCAGAUGGAAAAGAAAAUUCAUUUGUGCCUUUUGUGGUGGGGGAGGGGGGAACAGCUGAACCACGUCUCCUGCCCCCUGGCCUGCCCUCGUCCCCUCAACAGCAAUAAGAUGAGAGUCUUCCCUAGCUCCCCGCCACCCCACUCACCUCCCUGACCCCCACCAAGCUGUGUGUAGCAUGGGCAGAUAUUUAUAUGACGUGGAUCAUAACUUCUAAUAAAACGUGUU